UUCCUUUGCCGACAUACUUUUUGACAGUACGACAUGGCAGUAUAUCAUUUUACACGCCUCAAUUAUUAUAUUUAAUCGACAUUACGCAUCAAGUUAUGUAGGUAAGCCGAAUUCUUUACGCUCAAAAGAACAUCAAAAACAUAUACAGGCCGGUGAAUCUAGUGUGCGUUACAAUUCGUGAAUUGUUUUCCAUUUGACUUGAGAACAAAUUAAAAUAGUACAACGCAACUACUACGAGAGAUCGGUUUACAAUGGCGGUUAAUGUGUAUUCUACAAACGUUACAUCCGAAAACCUAUCCAGACAUGAUAUGCUAGCUUGGGUAAAUGAUUGUUUAUCAUGUUCUUAUUCGAAAAUAGAAGAAUUAUGCACGGGCGCGGCUUAUUGUCAAUUUAUGGAUAUGUUAUUCCCUGGCAGUGUGCCCAUGAAGAGAAUAAAAUUCAAGACCAACUUAGAACAUGAAUAUAUCCAAAAUUUCAAGUUGCUGCAGGCCUCUUUCAAUAAAAUGGGUGUGGACAAGAUCGUGCCCAUUGAUAAGUUAGUCAAAGGAAGAUUUCAGGAUAACUUCGAGUUCAUGCAAUGGUUCAAGAAGUUUUUUGAUGCUAACUUUGAUGGUCGUGAUUAUGAUGCAUUAGCAAUGCGUGAGGGAGCUCCAAUGGGAAAUGCUAGUGGUAAUAGAAACAUGAUAGCUAAGAAAACCCCAGCACCUAGAUUUGACUCCAAUAAAACAGCCAGAAGUGCAAUCUCCGCUAAUAAUCCCUCAAGAGUCCAAACAACAGCAAAACCAAAACCAAGUCUCGCAACUAAUAAUAGAGGUGCUGCUGGGGAUACCGGCAAAGUAGAUGAAUUAACUAAUCAAGUGCUUGAUUUGAAGUUGAACGUGGAAGGGUUAGAGAAGGAAAGGGAUUUCUAUUUCAGCAAACUUCGUGAAAUUGAAAUCUUAUGUCAAGAAAGUCAAGAUACAAGUGAUAAUCCGCUAAUCACAAAAAUAAUGGAUGUUCUUUAUGCUACUGAAGAUGGCUUUGCUCCCCCUGAUGAAAUCGAAGGUGUUGCAAACGAAGAAGAGGAGGAAGAGUAUUAAAAUUGUAAAGUGAUGAUGAUGGGUUAAGUUUUGUACUUGGAGUAAAUUAUUUUUAAAUUGAAGUAAUAAAAUUUUAAACUGUA